AUGGCGGCUAUCAACUCAUCACCCGCCAUUGCCGCUAUUGCGGUGAUUGGCAAACACGACAAUCCUCUCCAUAUAUCACUCUUUCCACCUCAUCUGGAAUCCGAAUUCUCCAUGCAAUCUCUCGUCUACUCCUGUCUUGACAUCUUCUCCCUCCGCGCGCAGUCCAAAACCCUCGAUCAAGACCUCGGUCUCCUCCAAGCCAUCGACGAACGUCUAGCUGCUUAUGGUUGGUUGACAAAUACAGGGAUCAAGUUCAUCAUCGUAGUAGACAUGAUGGGCCGCCCGCCUGCUCCUGACGAAGACAAGAGAAAGUUCCCUCCCAUUUUGGGUCUGAGAGACGCAGAUCUCAAGCCUGCAUUCAGGGCCGUGCAAACCGCCUAUAUCCACCUGAUGCUCAACCCCUUUUACUCUCCAGACGAUCGGACUCCUCUACAGAUUGCCAAUUAUGGCGGAAAGAGCCCGGAAAUCACGAGCAAGAAGUUCAUCGACGAGUUACAAAGGAUUGGGAAGGCCUGGGCACCCGGAGUCACCACGAUAUAAGGACUGAACAAGGCACUCGCACCCCGCAGUCAAGACUUGGUACCACCAAUAUUCCAUUUCAGUUGGCCAGACUGGACCUCCGUUUGACCAGGCCAUGUAUAAAUCACUGUGUCCUCCAUAUUGACUAUUCGCACAUGGAUUAGGGCUUCAUUUGUCCCACUGCAAGAUCAAUCUUUGCUGCAGUAUCACCGACCUCAGCGGCUGUUUGGGCCGCCUCAGCUUCUUCCUUGCUAGGCGUUUUCGCGAUAGGCACCUCGUCAAGCUUAUAAGGAUCGAGUUUAUCAGCUGCAGUCGGAG